GACAUAGCAAAAUUAUUAAGAGAAACAGAGACAUAGCAAAAUUAUUAAGAGAAACAGAGAGAUGGCGGAAGAAGACAGAGUGACACUGUAUGGGUUGUGGGCUAGUCCCUAUGUAAAGAGGGUGGAACUUGCCCUAAAGCUCAAAGGCAUACCCUUUGACUACGUUGAAGAAGAUUUGAAGAACAAAAGCCCACAGCUUCUCAAGUACAACCCGGUUUACAAGAAGGUCCCUGUUCUUGUUCACAAUGGAAACCCAAUUUCUGAAUCCCUUGUUAUUGUGGAAUACAUCGAGGAGACAUGGAAGAAUAGCAGCCCCCAUCUGCUUCCUCAAACUCCAUACGAAGGAGCCAGAGUUCGGUUCUGGUCCAGCUUUGUUGACCAACAGAUGUACCAAGCUUUGUUCACAGUGGCCAAAACUGAAGGAGAAAAGCAAGAGAAAGCCAUCAAGGAACUGUCGGAGAAACUGCAACUGCUUGAAGAGGGGAUGAAGGAAUUCUUUCCAGAUGAAAGUGCUGCCACUGACACCACCAAUGUGGGAUUACUUGAUAUUGUGUUUUUGCCUCUGUUUGGUCCUCACAAAGCUCAGGAGGAAGCUCUUGGCAUAAAGGUUAUCGAUCCGGUGAAGACUCCAGUUAUAUUCUCGAGGGUGGAAGCCCUUAGCCAGCUGCCUCUGGUGAAAGAGCUGACGCCUCCACAUGAAAAGUCAGUGGCACUCAUCAAGUUUGUCAGAGAGAAUGCACUUAAGGCUUCUUCCGCUUAACUCGAUUUGGUGUUUGAUUCCUUUUUGUUACUUGCUUAAGUGCUUCCAAGCAAACCUCCAAAAUCAUCAUCUUGUUUAUCUUGUCUGUAAUAAAAAACAGGGCAUCUCUUGCUGGGUGCGUUGACCAUGGCCACUAUGGGUACCAAGAUGUUGAAUUUGAUAUUCAUAAAACAAAUAAAAAUGAAUAAAAAACGUAAAA